UCCUCAGCACCGGGCAUACCGAGCAGCAGCAGCGGCGGAGGAGCGUUAAAACACCGAGUCCCAGGCAGGGACAGACAGACAGACAGGGUCCGACACCGUCCCCUGUCCUGAACGACACACCGCGGCUGGAAACCACCGGCUAACGGACGGGAAACCGACGCUUUUAUUGUUUUUAAAUCUCACCGUUCCCCCAUUUUUUUUUAACGUUUAACGGCUGAAAGUGCGUUUACCGGGAACUUUGCUCCUCAAGAGCAGCACUUACCGGAGCCGGUGUGUAGAGCAGAGCAUCAACUUAACCGACUCUCAGAGCUCGGUUUAAGCUAAUUUCACCAACUUAUUUGUCCGUUUUUGAGCUUUUUUUUUAAAUCGUCCUUUCUGUGUGAGGGACUCGUUAAAAACGUCAAAAAACAUCAUUUAGCUCAGUUUAGUGUCUCAGAGGACGGACAGAAAUACAGAACAGGCGGAGAAGUGGAUGUAUUUUCAGCCAUGGAUGUAACAGUUUACCCGCCUCCUCCUCAGCCUCUGGCCGCCUCGGACCACACCAGGCUGGGGCAGCUCUCCUACCCAGACCCGGCCUUCGGAACCAACAAGCUGGAUGGGGACACCAUGUUCCUGGGUAUGCCAGAAGCAGGCCUUGACUUCGCUUCAACCAGUCAGUUUCGUGUGCCGCAGCCCCCUCACCCUCUCAGCAAGGUGACGCCACCCAACCCACCAUCGCAGCACUGGAGGAGGGACGCCCACAUGGCCGACACACACCGCCUGCCCUGGUCGUACCAAGUGGGUGGUUUGGGCGAUGACGACUUCAACAUCCCGCCCAUCACCCCGCCCACCCUGCCAGACCACAUGCUGCCCCCACGCCUCCCUCACGACUCCCCGUCUGGACCGUACCACCCCAUGGACCCCCCCUCCAGCUCAGCUCCACACCACCCCUACCAGCUGCAGGGCAUGGAUCUGCCCGGUAUGCCCGGUGGCCAGGAUGGAAGCGCUAUGCUGAGCCAGGACGGCGGCACGUUCAGCCCGGACGGCGGCCCGAUGACCAGCACCCUGUCUGUGAUGCAGCAGAUGGUGAACUCAGACUCUCGGUUUACCAGCAGCCAGCAGCCAAUCGAAGCGGCACUCGGACCCAGGAGCCAAUCAGGCAUGAACCAACAAAACCAGUUAUCCACCAUCAACCAGUCCCAGCUGGGGUUGAGUGGGAACUCCAUCGCCCAUAAUUCCCCCUCACCUCCCGGAAGUAAAUCCGCCACCCCGUCUCCCUCCAGUUCAGCACACGAGGACGACAACGAUGAUGGACUCAGGGGAGAGAAACGUCCAGCAGCAGUGGACAUCUCCAAGAAACCCAAAACGCCAAAGAAGAAGAAACGAAAGGACCCCAAUGAGCCGGUGAAGCCGGUGUCUGCCUACGCUCUCUUCUUCAGGGACACCCAAGCCAACAUCAAGGCCCAGAACCCCAAUGCCACCUUUGGUGAAGUGUCGAAGAUCGUGGCCUCGAUGUGGGACGGCCUGGGAGAAGAGCAGAAACAGGUGUACAAGAAGAAGACAGAGACGGCUAAGAAGGAGUAUCUGAAACAACUGGCUGCCUACAGAGCUAGUCUGGUCUCACAGAGCUACAGUGACCCAUCUGACAUGAAGCCUCCCCACUCUUCCUCCUCAUCUUCUUCUUCUACCUCAAUGUUUACACCCAAACCCUCGGUCUACCCCGGCCACCCGGGCCAGCACCCUUCCUCCAACUCACUCUCCCACCCUCACCCUCUCCAGUCUCACCAACACCCUGGCAUGUACAUGUCCUACCCUCACCCGUCUCACCCUUCCCACGCCUCCAGCCCCGGCCUCGGGCCCCACCUACCCCCUCCUCAUCCCCAGAUCCACCCCCAGCUCCAGGCUCUGUCCUCCAGAGGGACCGUGCCGCGGGCCAGCGUCCCCCACCAGGGAGCCCUGUCCCUCGGCAACGUGGCGGCGGCGUCCACCCCUCCUCUCCAGGUCAGCCCUCCCCUCCACAGCCAGGCACACCUGGGAGGCCUGCAUAGUCCACACCACCAGCACCAGCAGCUCAGUGGACACUCACUGGGAAUGACACACUCCCCCGCCAUCACACAGGCUUACCCUCCAUCCCUCCAGUCUGACUACCAGCCAAUGGGAGGAGGUAUGCUGAAUAGUGGACCGGUGAUGUCAUCAUCAGUGGACUACCACCAGCUGGGUCGACACACACCAAACCACCACCCCUCUCUGGACUGGAGCACUGAUUACCAUGGCAACGGAAGUCUUCAGAGAGACAAACCUCUGUAUCUGAGUUAAUCUCAGGACCAAACGACACCAAACGUCUACACUUCUACUACCACACCGCCAAACCUCCGGCCUCGCCUCUCCAACCUGAACCCCACCGAGAGCCGACUACCAACGACUCCCAGUGGACCUCCAGACCACCUCCACCUGAACCAGACCUGAGUUCAGCACUUAAAUCCCCCAGCAGCCGAGUCGUUUCUGUGUAUUA